AUGUCGCGAUUGAUCGAAUACGAACCCAACACCCGCACCAAGCCCAUGCGCGUCUUGUGCAUGGGUAUGGCCAGGACGGGAACAAACUCAAUGCAGAUUGCCCUCCGGCAACUUGGGCUGAACCCUUACCACGGCUCGGAAUGCUUCAACAACCCCCCUCGAGACUUUAACCUCUGGAUCGAAGCAAUGCAAUGCAACUUCUUCAAUGACGGAACUAAAAAGCGGUACGGCCGAGAAGAAUUCGACCGCCUCAUGGGCUCCUACGACGCCUGUCUCGACAUCCCCGCUUGCAUCUUCUGGGAAGAUCUACACCGCGCGUACCCUGAUGCCAAGGUCAUCGUGACAACCCGCGACGUCGACUCAUGGCUGAAGUCAGUAAACGCGACAGUUUUCAAGUUCAUUCAGAUGCCGAUCUUCAAGGUGUGGCAGUUUAUCGAUUAUAGCAAGAUCGGGCCACUCUUCCGGAUGUCGGAAAUGGUGUGGAAGGUGUUCUGUGGUGGGUGUUAUGAGGAUGAAGUUUGUCGAAAGGCGUAUCUGGAGCAUCAUGAGAAGAUACGAAAGACGAUUCCCAAGGAGCAGCUGCUGGAGUUCCGAAUAGGCAAGGAUGGAUGGAAGGAGCUGUGUGAGUUUCUGGGUGAGCCGGUGCCACAGGAAAAGUGGCCAAAGGCGUAUCCUACCGCAGAGUUCCAGGAGCAUAUUGAUAUGGGUGCAAAAGAGGCAAAGAGGAAGAUUGGACGAUGGAUGGGGAUAGGAGCUAUGGUGGGUGCUGUUGGGUUGUUGGUGCAAUAUUCUCAUGCUUUCCGCGUGGGCAACUGA